CGCUUCGUCCUCCUCACGUGUAACGUAGCCCACUGCCGCAGUAGUGCUUUAGAGUGGCAUGAUUGAAUCCGUUUCCAAAGAAGCAUCGGCCCCAGAUUCCCCUGGUCCCGCGUGCUGCCAGCCCAGCGAGGUGAGCCUGGGCUAAGGGGAGACAGCAGAGAGAGUCGCAGGAGGGCUGCAGAAUGGAACAGCAGGGAGGCAAGAAAUCCCUGCCAGCACCCAGUCCCAGCCAGCACAGAAAGGGGACCCAGGGCUGAACCGCCGCUGGCAGAGACAAGAGAAGACAAGCCAGAGGGAGCCAGCUCAGGGGCAGCUCGUAGUGGGGGCCUGAGCCUGCAGGAAGCACCUCUUGCGAGUGAAUUUCACUUGGACCAGUAAAGCCAUCUAGAUUUGUUUAAAUAGUUCAUCUCCAGAGUGUGAUGUGCAAGCCUACAAAUCAUCAAUCCACCACAAAUGGUUUGCACAGCAGGAAAUGGUCAGUGGAGCUGAUCGUAACUGUGGGAUGCUAAGGAUGAAUGUUUUUCACCAAGCAUACAAGUGAGAUUUAGAAGUGAGACAACUAGAGCAUAGGCCCAAGCUGGAGUAACCUCACAAAGACAGACAGCAGACAUGCAGCAGUGAGUAACUGCACCUGUGGGCCUUCAGUUACAGGCACUGCCAAACUGAGUGGUGCAAUCUGAAGUAAAGAUGGAGGAGCAAGCCAUAUUCAGCCAUUGACCAGCAGCGGAAAUAGAGCAAGCAGAAAACGUACCCACUCUAUCCCUGUCUGGGACAGUUGACUCCCGUAAUGAGAAGGAAGCCACCCUGCAACAGUACGGCAUCAGCAUGGAGAAGCACCACAAACACUUUAGACAGUUCUGCUGUCAGGAAGCAGAAGGACCCCAAAAGGUUUACAGCUGACUGUGAACUUUCCCAUCUGUGGCUGCAGAUGGAGAUCCAUACGAAGGAGCAUAUCAUCGAGCUGCUGGUUCUUGAGCAAUUCCUGACCAUCUUGCCUGAGGGAAUCCAGACAUGGGUCCAGAGACUUCAUCCAGAAACAUGUGAGGAGGUUAUUGCCCUGGUAGAGGAUUUCCACCUAAUUCAUCAGGAGAUUGGGAAAUGUGGGCAAAAGAUUCCAGUGACAUUGGAAGAUGUGGCUGUGUAUUUCACUAAGGAGGAGUGCGGUUGUCUGGACAAAAGGCAGAGGGAGCUCUACAAGGAUGUCAUGCAGGAGACUUUGAAGACUGUUCUCUCUGGGAUUUGAGACUCCAAAACCUGAUGUGAACUCUCAGAUGGAACAAGAGGAAGAGCCUUGCAUCCCAGAUUGUCAGGAUGCCAAAGAAAGGGAAAUACCAAGAGAAGUUGGCACAGGACACUCCUUUAGCUCUGUGAUGGCAUUUCAUCUCCCAAGUAUUGUGAAAAAUCACACCAGAUAAGCAACUUGAAGUUUGUCAGAGCAGCAGCAGUUAUUCCUGGCCCAUGCCAGGCUGGAGGGGGUGAGGGUUUGUGUGUACCUGUGUUUCCAGUGGGAAGGGAAUAGAGACAAACUGCUCUCCUUGCCCUUGAGGUGCAAUAUCAUGAUCAG